GAAAAACCUCACGCUUUGUUUUGUAUUCGCAUCGAAACAUUCUAGAAAAAAACGGAAGGAUACGCUACAAAAUUUUCUUAUCUCGUGUUUUUCUCACGAAUAAUUUCGAAAUUUCACAGUAAUUGUACAAACAAAAGCAAUGGUCGACUACAGCAAGUGGAAAAAUAUCGAGAUUUCGGAUGAUGAAGAUGACACUCAUCCCAAUAUCGACACCCCGUCUCUAUUCCGAUGGCGUCAUCAGGCUCGGGUCGAACGGAUGAAGGAACAGGAAGAGGAGAAGCAGAAAAUUACCGAAAAGAAAAAGACCACGGAACAGAAGUUGAAGGAGUUGAAGACUAAAAUUGAUCACAAGGAAGGAAAUCUGGAUGAGCUGAAAAAAAGCCUAGAGGAGCUGGAAAAGGAACAGAAACGCAUGAAGGAUGCGGAAGAGGAGCUCAAGAAGAAGGAAAAACUGCAGCCGUGGAAUGUCGAUACCAUUAGUAAGGAUGGAUUCCAGAAGACGGUCAUCAACAAAAGUGCUAUUAACAAAAAGCAGGAACUGACGGAAGAUCAAAAGGAGAUGAACCUGAAGGAUUUCAUCAAAAAGUACGAGAAAAUACUGAAGCAAUACGGAAUGAUGCAGAAGUAUGAAGAUUCCAAAAAGUUCCUACGUGACAAUCAUCAGCUGGUUUGCGAGGAUACUGCAAAUUAUCUGGUUAUCUGGUGUAUCGAACUGGAGAUGCAGGAAAAACACGAACUGAUGGCUCACGUUGCCCAUCAGUGCAUCUGUAUGCAGUACAUCAUUGAUAUUGCAAAACAAUUGGAUGUUGAUCCGCGAGCCUGCGUUGAUUCGUUUUUCCAGCGCAUCCAGGUUGCCGAUGCUGAGUACAAGAACCAGUUCAUUGCGGAGAUUGAAGCCUUCAAGGAGCGCAUUCGAAAGCGGGCCGAGGAAAAGAUUGCGAUUGCGAUCGCUGAACAGGAAGAAGAAGAACGACUGGCCAGAUUGGGACCGGGUGGUUUGGAUCCGGUGGAAGUGUUCAAUACGCUACCCAAGGAGAUGCAGGACUGCUUCGAGUCACGUAACAUUGCCAUGUUGCAGGAGGUUAUUGCCAAGAUGCCGGAGGAGGAAGCUCGCUAUCAUUUGAAGCGUUGCGUUGAUUCGGGCAUGUGGGUGCCAGAUGGUGGCAAAAAGGCUGAAGGCGAAGAGGGCGGUGCGGAAGCGGAAGCCGAAGGGGAAGCCAGCGCCGAGGAAACUACAGAAGCAGACAAACCGGCAGCCAUAUAAUUUAACAUUUAAGGAAGAGACAUACUUUUAGAUAUGUAUUUCCUUCUGGCAGGGAUAGUAUGAAAUAACUUGAUCAGUAUCAUUUCUGAAUCCUAAAAGAAUUUUGAGCAUUGGCUUUCUUUUCGGAUGAAAUUCCUUCCAUCAAACAACCACAUGUGAAAGAUUAGCAGCACCGUCUUCUAUAAAUUUGAACAAACAAAUACUGUCUGAAUCAUACAUUUUAUACUAGCAAUAUUCUAUUAAUGUAUGUUGAAUAAAUCUCGUGUAUUAGUAACAAAA